AUGGGUGCAUGUAUGAGCUCAAACAAUGAGGAGGCCAUUAGGAAGAAGCACAGUCAAGCCAUUGACAAGCAGCUUGAGGAGGACUCUAAGAGGUUACGACGAGAAUGCAAGAUUCUACUGCUAGGAUCUGGUGAGAGCGGCAAGUCUACUAUCGUAAAGCAGAUGAAGAUUAUUCACUUGAAGGGGUACUCGGACGAUGAGCUUUACAACUACCGCCCGACUGUAUUCAAGAACCUGGUGGAAUGCGCCAAAGCGGUCAUCCAAGCAAUGCACCAAUUCGAAAUACCCUUCGCCAAUGAUGAGAACAGCAUGCAUGCCAAGUUCCUGAUGGAAUACUCUGCCGAAUCCGGGCCCCAGGCCAACAUCGAUCCCGCAGUCGGCACUGCUGUGAAGGCAAUAUGGAAUGAUCCUGCAAAGGAUAUUCUGAUGGAGAGGCAGACAGAGUUCUAUCUGAUGGACUCGGCGCCUUACAUGUUCGAUGUUGGUGGUCAGCGAAGCGAGCGCAAGAAGUGGAUCCACUGUUUCGAAAACGUCACAUCCAUCAUCUUUUGCGUUGCGCUUAGUGAGUACGACCAGGUUCUACUGGAGGAGAGCAGCCAGAACCGAAUGAUGGAGAGUCUGCUACUGUUCGAUUCCGUGGUCAACUCGAGAUGGUUCAUUAGGACAAGUAUAAUUCUCUUCUUGAACAAGGUCGACAUCUUCCGUGAGAAGCUCAGCCGUUCGCCGCUCGGAAACUACUUCCCAGACUACUCCGGGGGCAACGACGUGAAUAAGGCCGCCAAGUAUCUACUCUGGAGGUUCAAUCAGGUUAACCGAGCACACCUCAAUCUCUACCCUCACUUGACGCAAGCCACAGAUACGUCAAAUAUUCGACUCGUGUUUGCGGCAGUCAAGGAAACGAUACUGAACAACGCACUUCGAGACUCUGGCAUUCUAUAA